GGCAGGAACAGUGGGGUUAAAGGUCGAACGGAAGUUCCCGGAGCUUCCGGUGGCCGACUUGGGGAGUUAUGGCUAAACAUCACCCGGACUUGAUUUUUUGCCGCAAGCAGGCUGGUGUUGCCAUUGGAAGACUGUGUGAAAAAUGUGACGGCAAAUGUGUGAUCUGUGACUCUUAUGUGCGUCCCUGUACCCUGGUGCGCAUAUGUGAUGAGUGUAAUUAUGGCUCUUACCAGGGGCGCUGUGUGAUCUGUGGAGGCCCGGGAGUCUCCGAUGCCUAUUACUGUAAAGAGUGCACCAUCCAGGAGAAGGAUAGAGAUGGCUGCCCAAAGAUUGUCAAUUUGGGGAGCUCUAAGACAGACCUCUUCUAUGAACGCAAAAAAUACGGCUUCAAGAAGAGGUGAUUGGUGGGUGGCCCCUUCCCCACCCCAUCAAGCUGCUGCAGCUGCCAAAAAAGACACCGCCUACUACCAGCAGAAAGGGAGUGGAGCCCAGAGCAUCACCAGAAUUGCCUGCUAGAGUACUGGCACCUUGCCACCCUUCUCUCACCCAGACAUGUAAUAGGGAUGGAAAAGGAUUCUUCACAGAGCACUCUGGCAGAUUAUAUCAGAGAAAAAUUGAUAAAUUAGUUAACCUUUCUCUUGAAUUCAAGAAGGCUCUGUUCUCCAUAUUGGUGUGUUCUCUCUACACCAAGAGCUUCUAAAAAGUAAUACUAUUUCAGUCUUACGCUUGAGGAGUUGACUGUGAAGCUAUGCAGAGAAAAAUGUGUUUUUGCAGCAGGUCUGAUGGCAAUUGUCCUUGGAAACCCUCGGUGGGUGGGGAGCUAUCAGAACAAUAAAUGUGGGCAUUUAAUCUUAUAACGCCUACCUGGUGGUGUUGGAUUCAUGUUAUUUGCUUUCUGAGAAAUAGGAAACCCUUUCUGUUGCUGUUAUAGUAGUAAUUAAAGUUGGUGUUUAUUUUCUA